CCCUCUCUCUCUAUCAAUUCAUCCUUCUCUUCUGUGUAGCUGGCAAGCACAAACACAAUCCCCUUCCGUGUUUUCAAGUUUUUGGGAGAUUGAGAUGGCGGGUCGUGGCAAGACACUCGGAUCGGGAGCGGCGAAGAAAGCUCAAUCGAGAAGCAGCAAGGCGGGCCUCCAAUUUCCGGUUGGUCGUAUAGCCCGUUUCCUGAAGGCCGGCAAAUAUGCUGAGCGUGUUGGUGCCGGAGCUCCGGUGUACCUUGCAGCCGUCCUUGAGUACCUCGCAGCAGAGGUUCUUGAAUUGGCUGGAAACGCAGCAAGGGACAACAAGAAGACAAGGAUUGUGCCUCGACACAUUCAGUUGGCGGUGAGGAACGAUGAGGAACUGAGCAAGCUUCUUGGGGAUGUGACUAUUGCCAAUGGUGGAGUUAUGCCCAACAUUCACAACCUUUUGCUUCCCAAGAAGGCUGGCGGUUCCUCAAAGCCUUCUGUGGAUGAGGAUUAAACUGGUGUAGAAAUGAAAGAUACAUGACUUUGGAAAAGAAGCAGCGACUGUUUUCUGGUGCUGCAAUUAGGUUAUGGGAGUGUUAGUUCAAUUAGUAUUUUAAAAUUUUCCCCCUAUGUUUCUAGUUCAUUUUUGCUGUCCUUUUUAAGGUUUUAGGUGUAGUUGGUGGUAGGGAUUGGUUCUGUCAGAUUUGUGCUUGUAAAUGAAUGAAGGGAACUCAUGUUUCUGUUUUACUGUAAUGAAAAACUAGAUUUAUGAGAUAUUGAGGUAAUGGGACCUUGUUAAUUUGCUAA